UUCAGUCGCUUGCUUUUGUCAAUCAUUCAUUCCAUGACAGGACUUCCUCUUCCCCUUUUAUUUCUUUUGAAAUCCCGCUUUUCAUUUGUAUGAAAUGACAAGGCGAAUUUAAAUAAUACAUUCCAUACCAAUUCUUUACAGCUUUAAAAGUCAAUAAUUGAAGAGAAUAAACGGGUCGCCAAAGAUGGUUCAUGUGAGGAAAAAGAUUAAAUCCUGUUUUAAUAUUAUAAGCACGUUUUAUUUUUCAAAGGUAUGAUAUCGGAGCCUAGUCGACCAGAAGGACCACUACUUAUCAGCAACAUAGAAGCCAACUCUGUUCAUUUGUCGUGGAAACCACCCCUGGAAGACAACGGUGGACCCAUCCUGGGAUAUGUCAUUGAAGCAAAAGAUGUUCUCCACAUGGAUGUGCGGAAGACGUAUGUGUGGUCAGAAGGACCUGGAACAGAAUGCCUCGUUCCUGAUUUAGAAACGGGUCACAUUUACCAGUUUCGAGUUUACGCUCAAAAUGAAGCUGGAAGAAGUGAAGGUCUGCUGAACAAAAGUCUGGUACGGAUCAAAGCUAAAAGCAAGAAACCACCCAAACCCUCCAAGCCUUCAGCUGAAAUACUGGGCGAGGACAGUGUUCUUUUGCAAUGGACAGUUCCAGAAGGCGGUGGGAAUUUAAACUAUCUGAUUGAAAGAUACGAACCGAAAAGCGAUUUGUGGUUUCAGUGCAACCGCGAAAUGGUGAUUGCGACGUCCUACUUGGUCACUGGUCUGAACCUGGACAGAGAAUACAUUUUCCGAGUGAGCAGUGAGAAUACGCAUGGCGUCAGUUUGCCGAGCGAAGCUUCAGAUCCAGUCAAGUAUAGAAGUGACGAAGGUGAAGCACCAUUUGUGAUAGUUCCUCUAGAAGACUGUUUUAUCAGGGCGUGUCAAAAGGCUUUCUUUAAAUGUGAAUAUUCUGGAACUCGGCCAAUCCAAGUAAAUUGGACUAAAGAUGAUAUUCGAAUUCGUGAGGGAGUCGGUUCUGUCGUUACACUUGAUGACAGCGGGAAAUCUGAGCUCACCUUGAACGAAGUGGAUUCCGAUGACGAGGAUUGCGAAGUGCAAUGUUCAUUACAGAAUGCCUUCGGAAGGACAACCUCAGAAGCUUCCAUUAGAAUAUUGAGCAUGCCUCAACUUGGAUAUCCUUCCUCCUACAAAGAAGACCUAACAUUUGAUUGCGGUGAUGCCGUGCGACUGAGGGUCACUUUUUCUGGAAAGCCUCCGCCCACCAUCAAAUGGUUCUUCAACGGCCAAGACCCACCCUUAAAUGACAGAGUAUUAGUAACCCAGCUCUCUGAUUCAUUGGAAAUUCGCAUCCAGGACUUGACAGCUGAGGAUUCUGGUGUUUACACAUUCGUUGCAAGCAACGUGAUGGGAGAGGACUCUAUUGAUGUGAGAGUCGUCAUUACAGGUCCACCAGAUCCUCCAAGCGGGCACCUUAAAUUUGAGAUUGGAGAAGAUGAUGAAAUUGUCCUGGAAUGGGCUAAGCCUUUAUGCGAUGGUGGCAGUGAAAUCUUCAACUAUAUCGUGGAAAAAAGAAUGUCGGAAAAGGAAUUAUGGGUAAGAUAUGAAACUACUCAUAAAACAAGUCUGAAUCUUGGUAAUUCCAACGAAAUUGAAGGCUGCGUGUUUCGAGUGAGAGCCACCAACAUCUACGGAACCAGCGAACCUAGUGAGGAAUGUAAAUUUCAGAAAUCCGGCUUAGAUGAGGACGUAAGUGAAGAGUCUGCGAAAUCUCUCAACAACCAACAGCAAAAAGAUAUUCUGAGCUUAAUGCAGCAAUGUAGUGACGAAAAACAAGAAGAAUUCGUAAUUAAAUCCGAAUUACAACAUGAAGAUUUAGAAAUUGAUAUUCUUGAAUACGAAGAAGAAGAUUUGGCUGAAAUAUCCUCAAAUGCUCGGCACAUUGAUUUAAUAAUUCCACAAUUUAGUUACUUCUGCAACACAUGCACUGAAAUCUUUUGUCAGGCACCUAAUUUCGCAAGCGAAAUAGCUCUGCCGGCUUAUUGUCCGGUUUUCGACCUUCACUGUGAUUUUUUUUACCAGGUAUGUUUCUCAAACAUAUUUUUUGAAACAGUAAGUACUUUAUCUGAAAAUGAAUAUUUUGCUUCAAAUUGCCUUUGUUCAUGGAUGUUUCAUGAGAAUUUUCUGGAAGUAUAUAAGCCUCUUUGUUUCUUGGAUAUUUCGAAACAAACAGACUUAUUCGAUUCUUCCUUACGAAAUAAAUGCCAAUGGGAAUCUGAUGAUAGUGAUACGUUUCGGUAUUUCGCAGUACAAAAUGAGGAAAAUCAUUCCACUUAUUUUCAGGAGACUUCUAUUCCAUGUGAACUUCAUCAAUCCUCCAGUUCAGUAAUAAUAUUAUGUCCUCCUCUGACUUUUGAAGUUCUGUCAUUAUUCGAAGUACAACAGCCGAUGAAGCAACAAUGCAGGGAAUCAUUCAUCUGUUAUAAAUCAAUUCGAAAUGUUGUCAUUAAUUCGCUUGAAACAUUUCAGAAUUUAGAGUGCUUCUGUCUUUCAGAAAAGGCUACAAUUAGAUACCAGUCUUUUGAGGAUUUCGAAGAUAUUAUAAGCUUAUGCUCAACACCCAUUCGAACUUGGAAACCUGCUAUGAGUGUCCUUCCAAUUAAGCGUCAAAUAGCGACUACUGAUUUAUCAAGCGAGUCAUAUCCGAAAACGAAAGAUUCCAAACCUUUUGAUAAUUAUCAAGAAAUUUCUGAUGGCAGACAGACUGAAAUUGAAUCAUUUUCUGUAUGUGAGAAAAAUUUUCCGGAGGAGACAAAAGAACAACUUUUUAGUUUCAGUGUUCUAAAAUCAAAUACAUAUGAAACUGAUACGUCAAAUGAAACAGAUACUGAAUUUUGGAACAACACAAAUUUUUUCCCAAUGAAUGAACAAGAAAUUGAGUUACCAAUUAAAAUAAUCGAUGAUUCAGCAAAUCUUAAGACUGCGUCGAAAAGUGUGAAAGAUAACAAAAUAUUUGACAUUUCUACUGAAGAUUCCAAUGAAAAUCCACAGAUAAAUAAAAGGGAAAUUCCAGAUUGGCUUAUCUACGUGUCUCCCUAUAUUUUUCCAAGUACAGAAAUUAAUUUAAAGGAGAGUAAUUUGAAGCUUGAAGAUGAAAUAAAGACAAAUGAAAUAAAACCUACUUCGGACAAUUCCUUUAAACUUAAUCUCAAAGAAAAAAGUGUAGAAGAGUUGCUACAACUUGCCGAAGAAGUGGAGAGAAGCUUCAGCCAAAAAGCGGAACAAUUUGAAUCUUUGGAAUCUAUUCUGCAAGUUGAACUUACCUCACUAGAGAAAGAUCUGGAAGCAGUCAGUGAUAUUCAUAAAAUUUUGGAUGAUCCUUUUCUUGAUUCUUACCCUUGUGACGAAUUAAACAAGCAUUCGGCAACAGAACAGAAUGCUGUGGAAGAAAACCUCAUUGAAUUCACCGAUGUUCCCUGCAAGUAUCCAGGGGACCUACAAACGUCUGGUUACCCUCCAGAGGUUGUGAUGCAUUUGCAGAACAGAGUAAUACAAAGUGGAUGUCGGACGAGACUUUAUUGCUCAAUUAUGGGAGAUCCAGACCCAGAGAUUGUAUGGAUGAAAAACAGAAAGCCCGUUCCAGAGAGUUCUAGAUACAUUUUCAGCAAUUUGGUCGAGUUCGGUGUGUAUAUGGACAUCUUCAACGCAAAAUCUACUGACAGUGGAGAAUAUACUUGCAUAGCUACCAAUUGUUAUGGGUCGGCGCGAACUCAAUCUUAUUUACAAGUGGUUGGUAAUCGUGAAGUUAGUCCUGAAGAACCAAAAUUCUUGAAAUCACCUGAAGACAUAUCAUGCAGUCCGGGAGAAUCUGUCGUCAUGGAAUGGAGAAUAACUGGAACACCAAUGCCUCAUGUCAUAUGGUUCAAAAACGCCGAAAGAGUUGAAACAAGCUUGCGGAUGGAUGCUUUCAGUAAUCAUAGAGGCUGCUGCCGCUUAUUUAUACGCGACGUCGAUGUCACCGACAAUGCCAUAUAUACAUGUUACUUGGAAAAUGAAACUGGCUCUGCCAUAUCAACUGUCCAGCUCUCCGUCGAAGAUCCAGAGAGCACAGGCAGUUUCCAAAAGAGUUGCAAGAACCAACUGUUGGCUGGUGAAGAAUCGGUUCCACCUAAAAUAUCAUCGUCUCCUUUAUCUGUGGAAGAAAGAGACUGCGGCGCAAUAAGAGUGAAGCGGAAGGCUUAUUCAUACGAGAAACACUGCCGAAGAAAUGAACCAGAUGAGAAUCCUGUAGGAUCUGUUGCUGCACCCCAUGUGCUGAGUUCAGGACAGACGUGGACGAUUUUGACAUGGUCACCACCUUUGGAAGGAAGAGGCAGAUACGAGUACUUGAUUGAGAAGCGCCUUUUAAAUUCAGACCACUGGACCGAAGUCGGUCGAACAUAUAACACUUUAUACACCGUGCAUGGACUCAAGAGGGGGCGAUCCUACGUAUUCCGAGUGUCGGCGGGGAACAGCAGGGGCUGGAGUUUACCUGCCACUGUAUCCCAACCGGUGCACACCCUGCCAAGGUGACUCGCACGUUCCACCAUUUGGGACCCAUUUUCAUAUGCAGGAUCCAACACUUUUGUACAAUUGUUUAAUAAAAUUUACUAAAUUA